AUUGCUCAGUUUCUCAGCCGACCCAUUUCAUCCCAAACCACCCCUCGCUUCUCCAAAAUCCUCUUCACGUUGCGCCACUAUUCUCUUUCACUUCAACACACGAAUUCAUCUUCUUCUGAAUAUUCAACCGAGAGGGGGUGUUCUAUUGUGUGCUUGAGCAAUUUUGUGUUUUAUGAACUUGUGAUUGUUUCUGGGGGUGGUGGGGGGACUUGUAUAUUCUGGUGUAUAUAGCAAGGGAAGUUUGGCUUUGUUUGUUGUGGAGAUGGAUAUUGUUGAAUCAGUGGGGAAGAUUCCUUUGCAAGAUCCACCUGGAGAGGAGUUUUGUGCUGCUGACUUGACUUGGACCAAGUUUGGCAAUGAUGAGCACCAUGAUGAAGUUGCCCUUAUUCCCUAUGACAGAGUUGAUGCUUUUAUAAUUGGUGAAUGCUCUAAUGUGGAGUGCCCAACUCGGUUUCAUAUUGAGAGGGGAAGGAAAAGAACUAUUGGUAGCUUGAAGGAGUACAAGGAUGAUGAGUAUCUGGAGUACAGGCUUGUGAAAUCAUGCUUCCCUUGUAUAAAAUCGAUUGUUGUGAAGUUUCCAAAUGUUAAAGGUGAUCAUAAGUUCAAACCAUUUUCCUGUUGCUGUCUGGAGUUUGGAAUCAACAGAAGACUAGCAAAUGAUUAAUUUCAAACUUAAGUAUUGAUCUGGACAAUUAGGAUUCCAAUACUUAUGUUGUCAAGUUGAUUUUUUUAUUUGAGAAGGUACUGGUGCUCAUUUGGCCCUGAAAAUUAUGGGGAAGGCGGAGGUAUAUUACCUAGUCGCAGGUAUCGACUUAAUACUCGAAAUCGGGCUGCUAGACCUCAAUCGAUGCGGGGUUGUACUUGUCAUUUUGUUGUUAAACGUCUUUAUGCCCGUCCAUCACUUGCGCUUAUUAUAUACAAUGAGAGGCGUCAUAUUAACAAGUCUGGUUUUGUCUGCCAUGGACCACUUGAUAGAGAUGCCAUUGGCCCAGGUGCCAAAAAAAUUCCCUAUAUAUGCAAUGAAAUUCAGCAGCAAACAAUGUCCAUGAUUUAUCUGGGCAUUCCGGAAGAGAAUAUCUUGGAGAAACACAUUGAAGGAAUUCAGAGAUAUUGUGGCUCAGAUGCAAAAGUCAAUAGCCUUGCUUCUCAGUAUGUUCACAAGCUAGGUAUGAUUAUCAAAAGGUCUACCCAUGAACUGGAUCUAGAUGAUCAAGCUAGCAUCCGCAUGUGGGUUGAACGCAAUAGAAAGUCUGUCUUUUUUCAUCAGGAUACCUCUGAGUCAGACCCUUUCAUCUUGGGGAUCCAAACAGAAUGGCAGCUGCAGCAAAUGGUUCGUUUUGGUCAUCGAAGUGUUGUUGCGGCAGACUCAACGUUUGGCGUGAAGAGACUUAAAUAUCCCUUGUUCACAAUACUUGUUUUUGAUUCAAGACAACAUGCACUUCCUGUUGCAUGGGUCAUUACACGUAGCUUUGCAAAGCUCGAUGUGUCUAAGUGGCUGAAAGCUUUAAUUGAUCGAGCUCGUAGUGUUGAACCUGGAUGGAAAGUCAGUGGAUUUUUAAUUGAUGAUGCUGCAGCUGAAAUUGAUAUUUUGAGAGAUAUAUUUUGCUGUCCUGUCCUAUUUUCACUGUGGCGUGUUCGUAGAUCAUGGCUUAGGAAUGUUGUUAAGAAAUGCAGUAAUAUUGAGGUUCAGCGAGAGAUUUUUAAGCGUCUUGGGACUAUAGUGUACAGCAUUUGGGGAGGUCUUAAUACAUCAGUUGCCUUGGAACAAUUCAUGCUGGAUUUUGUUGACCAAUCCGCUUUCAUGGAAUAUUUCAAAGUCUCCUGGGUGCCCAAGCUUGAAAUGUGGCUUUCAACAAUGAGAAAUUUUCCACUAGCAAGUCAGGAAGCUUCUGGAGCAUUAGAAGCGUAUCAUGUUAAGCUGAAAGCCAAACUUUUUGAUGAUUCACAUCUUGGAGCGCUGCAAAGAGUAGAUUGGUUAGUCCACAAGUUAACAACUGAGUUGCAUUCAAGCUACUGGCUUGACCGCUAUGCUGAUGAAAGUGAUUCUUUCCAGAAUGUGAAGGAGAAAUAUAUUGCUUCUACAUCAUGGCAUCGAGCACUUCAAAUUCCCAACUCGGCUGUUACCUUGGAUGAGAAAGACCACCUCUUUGCCAAAGUUGUGAGCCAGAAAGAUAGUAGCUUAACUCAUCUAGUGUGGAAUCCAGGAUCUGAAUUUGCUUUCUGUGAUUGUUCUUGGUCAAUGCAAGGUAACAUUUGCAAGCAUGUCAUCAAAGUAAACAUGGUUUGUGAAAAGCUUCAGGGUUAUCAACCAUCCAUGUCUUUUCGGUCAUUUGAAGAGGUUUUGAUGGACCUAUGGAGAAAGCCAAUGGAUGAUUCAUUUGCGUUGGAUCUAUCUUUGGCUUGGACCCAUCAGAUGCUAGAUCAAAUCCAAAAGCUAGUUGAACUGAAUAAUUCUGCUGAUAUUGGGACUGUAGUUAACAAUAUGCCUCUGAAAUGGGUCUCUAAGAAAGGCAGAACCUACAUUGGCAAACCAUCGUCAACUUUGGCUCUUCCUCAUGGUAACAGUAACACAAAAAGUGUUGCAGUGCAUAAGAAGAAUCGGAAAAGGAAAAGAUUGUCACGGUUAAGAUGACCAAUUUGGAUUGUAGUUAUGAAGUUUCAUCUGGGAUACUCUGAUCAAUGCAACUCCAUUUCAUUUAAAAAAUUCUCUAACUUCAGAAUUUCUGGCUUUAUAAUUCUUUUGCUUCAUAUCUUUGAAGUUGCAGCAUCAACCAAUGGUCAGCACACAUGCUAUCUGAUCACAGAACAGUUAUUGCUGUUAUUAUAUGAGCAUGGUUGGUAGUUGGAGACAAAAUGGAGGAAACAAGCAAUUCUGGUGCAUAUGUUUUGUUCAGCUUUUAAACCUGGCCGUACUUUUAGGCCAUCACCUGAAAUGGUGUAAUGUUCAAUUUUGCUUGAACAUUGGGAGCCAUUCUCUAACGUUUCAAUUUUCAUCAUUUUCCCUUUAUUGUCAUAGUCAUAUUCUAGCAUAAGUAUUUAUUAUUUAUUUAAUUUUUCUUACAUUGUACCAUCUCCAUCUUCAAAAUUUGAAGUCCUUUUAGUUCACUGCAGGGGAUAUAUCAUUCAUGGAAUGUUCUUAUCUUUCAAUUUUGGCUGAUUAUUCUUGUUCCUUGAUUUACUUUUAUGUACAUAUACUAAUUAUUGACAUAUUACUUGAAAUAAGUUGGAAGAUAUAUACUUCAAUUAGUGAGAGUUUUGAGCUCAAUUCAUU